AUGCAACUAAGCAAGAAGUGUACUGAAAUAGCUACGUGCUUAAAAAAUCAUUGUUUUGUGAAACACAGAGCUGACGAACUUCGAUAUCUAUGCCUCCGAAUAUUUAUAAAAAUGGGAAUUUGUUGGUCUUUGUGUGAAUUCUUUGGUCCCAAAACUUCACCAACUUCAACACAAAACAUACCAUCAACUUCAUCAAAUUUCUACGAUGCAUCGUCAUGGCAAUUCACUGGAACCAGCGCUUUACGACCAACAAACGAGCCGAAUUCAGUACAAGUUAUUCGGCCCUCUUCUUCAACAACAAACACACUUUCAUCGCGAUCAAACGAACCACGAAUUAGUCAGCCCACUUCAUCAACUACACAAACGGCUUCAUCGCAAAUCAUCGGAGUAAAUUUAAGCGCGCAAAUCGGCGCGUCAGUUUCUCCACCAAUCGCCCAACCAGAUUCAUCGAAAUCCCCAAUAUGCACAGAAUAUUCACAGAAGAGGGCUCAAGGGCAAGCUACAAAUGAUUCGGACAAUAAUCAGGAUUACUUCAAGAUCAGAAGUGAUAGCGAGAUGUAUGACAAAAUUUUCAGGAGUUUCCGAACCACGCUAAAAGUGUCAGAAAUCUCGAAUGCCCAACCGGUUAAUAGAAACCCACAAAUGCUAACGGAAUUUUUAAAAACUCUCUCACAGCUGGAUGAUGUUCAGCUGAAUUGGAGUGAUAUUGAACUCAUUAAUAAUACGGAUCAGCGCAAUCACUACACAUUGGAAAACUUACAAUCCAGUUGUCUUGAAUAUCAAUGUAUAGCAUUUCUAUUUAAAAGGACCAACAAACGUUUCUACACGAUCCAGAAUAUUCAGAAAGUUUUCAAUCCGUAUUUAAUCUUGCAAUAUAAAUUGAAGCGCUUAGAACUAGAAUAUAACGAGAAGAAACCAGUACAACAAUUAUUAUUGUUUCAUGGGACGCACGCAAGUAAUUUGGACAAGAUUUGCAAACUAAAUUUUAACUGGAGAUUACCAGGAAGAAAUAAAAACGAGCUCGGCCAGGCAGUAUAUUUUGCAACGAACGCAUACUAUGCGACCCAUUAUGGAGACGAUGGACCAAAUAAAGUAAUGAUCGUUGCCAAGGUUUUAAUCGGGGGAUACAACAAAGGUGAAAGAAACACGGCCUAUCCAAUGCUUGGCAACGACGCAUGUUCGUGUCAUCGAACACCACCGCAAGUAUUCGCUAAAUACGACGACAAUAGUUUUUACCCAGCUUACAUUAUACGCUAUCACGGUAUAGACUUGACAAAGAAGCAAAAACAAACGCAUUAA